AUGUCUUUUGAGGAUGCAUAUCAUAAGUAUAGAGUUGGAAAUUUCUUCAGAGAGAGCAGAGAGACUGAUAAGGAUAUUGAGCUCCUAUUCAACAAGGUCAGCUGUAAACCCAAGAGGACACUGAAGAAGGAACAAGAUCCUGGAAAGUUCCUGAUUCCAUGCUCUAUACAUAUCCACCAUUUACCAAACGUCCUAUGUGAUACUGGAUCUGCAGUCAGCAUCAUGGCCAUAGACAUUGCUGAGCUAUUAGGACUAAAGAUGGAACCUUCUAAAGAUAGUUUCACUUUCGUGGAUAGCUCCCGAGUAAACUCAGCAGGCAUGAUCAAGAAUGUUAAAGUGGAGAUAGGGGAAUGCAUUACCCCUGUGGAUUUUCAUGCUAUGGAUAUCAAAGCAGGCAAGACAUCUCCACUCCUUUUUGGAAGAGCCUUCAUGGCUACAGUAGGGGCAGUUUGUGAUUUUAAGAGAAAUAAGAUGUGUCUGGCAAAUGUUGAUGAAACCAUCUUCUAUGAUCCCAUGGAAAGGGAGAAAAGUGAGGAGCUUAUUUCAUGCAUAGAGAUGUUUGAAGAUCCAGGAUCUACAGCUGAUUCGAAUCGCGAGCCUGCAAUACCAGAAUCAGCGUCAGUCGACAUUAGAACUUCAGCAUCAUUUGACUUCCAAUCCUCAGAAUCGAUCGACAAUAAGCCUUCAGAAUCGGACGACUUUCAUUCUUCAGAGUCGAUCGACACGAAGACUUCCGCAUCGGUCGAUACCCUCCGACUUUCAGAACAACUCGAGACUGAAAAAUCUAAGUCUGGGGGAUGGACCAGGAAUAGAAAGAAAAAAAAAGAAAAGGAAUGUAGAUGCAGAUACCCUGUGACUAGUCCCUUUGCAAUGUCAAGAGGGAAGUCUUGA